AUGGAUGGAAACACAACAUCAAGGCCAUCUAAAAGAUCCAAACCGUCACCACAACCGUUUUCGAAAAGUCAAAAUGAAUUCAAUAUCAAGAGAAAUACACAAUCGAAUCCUAUAAAUAAAGAAAUACUGAGGAAUUUCCAUAACUCAACAAAAUCAGAUCAAUCAAAUUCAAAAUCAAAAUCUAAACCUAACACACCUGCUAAAUCACCAGGAUUCUUCAGAAAAAACUUUGUAUUACAAGAUAACUCCAAUUCCCCGAUUAUAAAUCGUACACCUAUAUCAAAAGUUACACCAUCAAAAUUGAAAUUUCAGAUAUAUAAUGAUAACCAACCUUCAGAUCAAACACCAUCUAAGAUUCCAAUAUCAACCAUAAAACCUGAUACAAUACAAUCACCAGUGACACAAUCACCUCAAGCAAUUGAAAAAAUAUCUUUGAAGUCACUCCUGGAAGCUGCAUCAAGAGAUCAAUCAUUUAGAGAUCCAAUACCCGCUGUGAAUGCAGAUUUCACUCAUAAUAUAGGAGUUUUAUCCCAUUCAGAAGAAGGUUCUUUAGUUCAUCAAGCACAGUUACCAUUCAUAAACUUGAACAAUUGGAUGAAAAUCACUGAACAUAAGAUCUUAGAUCCUUCUAACACAGUUGAAAAAGACGAAUAUUUAUACUCAAUUAACUAUCUUGAAUUAUUUAAUGAUCAUUUAAUUUUUGCUAAAUGUCAAAAGGUACACAGUGAUGAUGAAGUUGUAGGUGAUGAAAGAAAGGUCUUUUUAUUGAACCAUAAACAAAGUAUUGAUGAUACAGUUAAAAUCAAUGAAAAAAUACAAUUAGGAUCCAAAGUCUUACUCUUUGAAGGAUUUAACACACCUAUAGGUAUUAAAGUUUACAAGAAUUGGAAAUUAUUAAUAAAUAUUCAAAAUUAA